AUGCCUUAUAAUACUCGACAUGGCGGUGGACGUGCAUUAAGAAACACACAAUCACACCCAAAUUCUCAAUCUUCCCCACACUCUUCAGAACCUGACACCGACAACCCAGAAUCUAGCGACGAGGAGCAAUCGGCUGACAAAUCUUCAGGCGUUGAAAACACAGCUACAAUCAAGAUCAAAAAGAAGAAGAAAACCCCACUACCAACCCUUCAGAAUUAUCAUGAACUUGGCCUUGAAUGGGGACAAGUACGAGCCGACAGGAUUCUGGGCCGCCAGCCUCACAUCAAGCCUCGUGUUUCCAAAAUCACUCUCUUCGAAGCUCAAGCUCUUCAAGCCCAAUAUAAUCUUGAUAAGACGAUGUUAUGUAUAGCUGAAGGAAUCAGUCGACCAACCCUCGAUGCCGCUCUAUACGAAGGACCACUUGCACGCGAGCCCAAUAAAUACACAAACUACCAGGCAUAUAGCUUAGUGAGCACCACCACGCCAAGCGACGCUUUGAUGCCACCUUCAACUACCACUUCUACUGCUCCAACUGACGAAGACAACACCGACCAAAUCACUACAGAAGAGAGAGAGCAAUACUUACCUCUCUUCCAUCGCUUAGUUAACCUGAAAGCUGUGAAACGCGACUUCAAGCAUGGGCGCCUAUGUAGGCAUAGUGGAAACGCUCAAAUCCUUGAGAAGGUUGGAAUUGAAGAGACCAAAAAAAUUGUCAAGCAGCUGUCCCUCAUUCACAACAAAUUUGGGUUCCAAUAUCAUCUCCUUGUCGCUGUGUGGAACCCAAACACUUCCAUGACCCGCGCUCUCUAUCAAGACGAGUUUACGUCUUGUGAGCAUUGGGCUGAACACGCCCGGUCCGAGCCCCACUUGCUCGAACGAUUUGCAAACCAGUCGACUCAGGCACCAAAACAAACCAAAAAGGCCAAAAAAACGACCAACUCCACAUAUCAAGCUAACCUCAGAAAGGACCUCAUCACUCGACUCAAUGGCCUGAUUGAAGCACACCUACCAGGUGGCCGUCAAAUUAAGUCCGAUACUCACCCUCAAGGCCCAAACCCACAAGUCACCUUACAAACCCGAAAUUAUCGAUCUGGGGCCAGCCUGGCUAUCCUUCGCCUACCGGACUCGCAAGUCACGGAUGAAAUGCUUUCAAAGGGGUGUGCAGCAGGAAAACUCCCGGAUGCUCAAGUGCAAAUAUGGAUCGAUGAUAUUGUAGCCGGAAGGUACAUGAUUGUCAAGUCAACCGACCCUCGCCUCACUACUCACCUCGACUCCCAAGAAGCCAGUGGGCCUUAG